CCCAAUCCCAGUGAGGAGGCCGUGCCAGUGACUACAAUGGCAGCGGAGUCGGUCUUGGAAGUGGUGGAGAGGCUGCAGUCGAGACUGGCCAGGAAUCCCGAACCAAAGAUGCUACUAAAACAUCUGAAGAGACUCUCAGACUUACCUAUCACUGUGGACAUUUUGGCAGAAACAGGUGUUGGGAAAACAGUGAAUGACUUGCGGAAAUAUGAGCAAGUAGGAAGCUUUGCCAAAGACCUAAUGGCUCGAUGGAAGAAGUUAGUCCCUGUUGCCCAGGAGAUUGAAAGGAAUAAUGAGCCUGAGGAGCAAGACCUCGAGAGAAGUUGCUCUAGAAAACGUCCCCGAGAUGUUUUUCCCAAGGAGGAGGAAAAGGAGAAGGAAUAUCAGGAAAGCUGGAAGGCCUCUUGUAGCCAGCCACACAGUCCUGACUACCAGGAGAAAAAGCGUCGAAAGCUUUCAGAGUUUGAUAGAAUGCCUAAGACCUCACACAGUGGUGAGACAAGAGAAGAAAGAAAGGGAUGGAACAAAACCUCCCCAUUGUACACAUCUGAUCAGGAGCUAUCUGACAGUAGUCGUGUUCACUCACCUCAGCCUUCCACAAGCCCUCAGCAGUUAUCCAUGGACUAUGAUCAACUCCCUGAAGAGGAGGAGGAACAGCCAGUACCACAUCAGAAGGCUGGCAAAAGCCAUAGUCAUGCCUUUCAGGACCGAGGCUUAAAUAGCCAAGAGAGAUGCUUGGGUGAACCCCAGACUAGAGGCCCUGUGAGUUGGAGCAAGGAGCACAAGACUUCACAGAAGGAAAAGCAUCGCUUGGAUACAAGAGAGGAAAAGACCUUUAGUUUGGGUCAAGACAAAGUGUCUAAGGCUGUUUCUCAAGAAGAGGGCCCAAGGUCUUCCUCAGGAACCAGUACCAAGGAGAAGCAGACAUUUUCUAGUACUGCCAAGAAAGAGAGGGACAAAGAAAGCGGUGAUAGCAAGAAGUUUUUACCUCCCUUGGAGGUGGCUUCUGCCAACCAUAUGAAAAAAACAAAGCAUGAGGAUGCACAGAAAUCGAAAUUGGAAAAGACCAAGCUUAGUGAGGACAGCUUUGAUGUGGGGAAAUGGAAAGGAGAAUUUUCUCCCAAGCCAAAAGAGAAAGGGGGAUCUGACAGCUUAAAGACAUGGGAAGGAAAAUCCAAAGCCUCUAACUCGGACAGAAAACCACCAAGUCACUUUCCAGGGGCUGAAGAGAUAGAUGUGGAUGAUGACUAUGAACAGCCCACCAUGUCUUUUGAAUCAUACCUCAACUACGACCAGCCCCAAAGGAAAAAAAAGAAGGUUGUUAAAACUACAACUGGGGUUCGUGCAGAGAAAAGUCACAGUAAGCAGAACGGUUCCAAAGCUGAUCAUAAAAACUCUAAUAAUGCCAUUCAGAAACUCCCCAAGAUGAAUGAGAGCAAGGCAGAAAAGCAACAUUCUGGAACCAGCCCUGCCAAACUAAAAAAAGUGUCCACUGAUGUGACCCCAACAUUACCAGAUAUCCACUUGCCUACUAUUCAGGCCAAUUUUCAGCCACUUCCUUCUCCUGAAUUGAUUCCCUCCUUUCAGCCAAAGAGGAAAGCAGUCUCCUCACCCCAUGAAGAAGAGGAAGCUGGAUUUCCUGUACGUAGGAUGAAUUCAAAGAUGCAAGUCUAUUCCGGUUCCAAGUGUGCCUACUUACGGAAGAUGAUAUCCUUGAAAGAGCAGUGCAUCAGAGUCCUCAGUAAUAACAUAGACUCAAUUUAUGAAGUUGGGAGUGUUCCCUAUUCUGUACUUGAACCAGUUUUGGAAAGAUGUACUCCUGAGCAACUCUAUAGAAUUGAGGAGUGCAACCACGUGUUAACUGAAGAGACUGAUCAGCUGUGGAAAAUUCACUGCCAUCGAGACUUUAAGAGAGAGACACCAGAGGAAUUUGAGUCUUGGAGGGAGAUGUAUCUACGACUCCUAGAUGCUCGGGAGCAGCGACUGCUCCUGUUGACUAAGAACAUCCGAGCAGCUCACGCCAACAGACUCAAAAGCCGACAAGUAAAGAUGGCCUUUGUCAACUCUGUGGCCAAGCCGCCUCGUGAUGUCAGGAGAUGGCAGGAGCAAUUUGGGACUGGAGGAGCGGCUGUUCCCGAAAAGAUCUACAUCAAGCCCACUUCCUGCACCUCCAGCAGUGGCUACAACUGCAGCAAUGGAAGCAGCAGCUCCAGCAACGGAAGCAGCAGCUCCAGCAACAGCAGCGAGGAAGGGCAGCCCUACGAUGGCCCGAACACCAGCAGCGCCCACUCAGCCCCAGCAGUCAGCAGCACGGUGUCUUGCAACCCCAGGAAACGGCCAGUUAAAAAACCUGCCCCAAUCAUGGCCAAGGCGAUAAGGGCAUUCAAGAACAGAUACUCCCGGAGAUAA